AAAAUGUUUAAAAAAAAAAAAAAGAAUUUCUGAACUUGACGACAAUGGCAUGUGUGAAUUGCAUAUUAAGACCUUCUUAGAAAUGUCACAUAUUGCCAGGACAGAAUGGCACAAAACCACUCAGUGUUUCAAUACUUUAUUAAACCUGUGUAUUAUUACAUUGAAAGACUCAAAAGUCUAGUAAGGUAAUACAAGCCACAAAUAAAUGAUAAAACCUACCAGCUAAAUUACACAUCACUUGUCGCAAUUUUUUUUUUUUUUUUUACUAGUAAUCACAUUUUGAAAACAUUUAUUUUCUGUGAAGCAAAUAGCAGUAAAAGGUUGGAGAAUGUAUUUGAAAACCAGGAGACUUUGAAGUUAAUGAUUCAGUUUACAGUAUUUUAUUGAUAUUCUGUAAAUGACCGGAUAUAGCUUACAAUGUAUUUUCCUUUAAGAUAACAGCUAUUUGCAGAGUAUAAGCGAAGAGGUAUCCAAACAAUAAUAUUGUCACGUCUGCAUGUCAAGUACAGAAGUAAAGUUACAUUAUUCAAUAUAUAUAAAGUGUAAGAUAUAUAUUUAUGGUGACCAAGCACAGUAGAACCAGGGACGGUUUUACUCCCGCCUCCUCUUCUGAUUGGUUAACAUGUCAGCGACUCCCAAUCUCACUGGAUUACUGUAUUGUCAAUCGCGGUCCCACGAGUCGGGUGGGUGUGGAGAAAGGCUGUCUUGGGAGGAAAGCGAUUUAAUUUUUGUUUUUGUUUUAUUUAUUCUUAAAUGUAUUCAUUCAUUUCCAAUACAGGCUGCCUUUGUCGUUUAUAAUUUAGUUAUUUUCAUGUUCCAGCCAAAAGAUGACAAGGAGGAGGAGGACGAUGGUGAAAGACGUGAGCUCAGCCAGGCAGUGUCUAACGAUGACGACAAGCUUCUCGCUGAGCUCCUGUCCCAGGAGAGGUACAGAAGAUUCAUCAACAGCAGGAGCGGCUGGGGUAUCCCGGGCACCCCUCUCCGCCUGGCUGCUUCUCGAGGUCACCUGAGAUGCCUGGAGGUUCUUCUGGCCCGUGACGCUGAGGUAGACAGUUUGGAUGUGAAGGCCCAGACUCCCUUGUUCACUGCUGUCAGUGGGAAGCAUCUAGACUGCGUUCACGCUCUCCUACAGGCAGGAGCUAACCCUAACGGCAGCAAGUACAACAAUUGCUCCCCAGUGCUAACCGCUGCAAGGGAAGGGAACGUGGACAUCUUGAGAGAACUGCUGCAGUUUGGUGCAGAGGUUAACGCUAGAUCAAAGGUUCCUGUCUGGGCUUCCCAUUCGUCCGUCUCCAGUGGACCUCUCUACCUCUCUGCAGCUUACGGACACUUGGAUUGCUUUAAGCUGCUGCUUCUCUACGGGGCGGAUCCGAAUUAUAACUGCACCGAAGAGAAGCUCCUUGCCAGGAUCAAACAGCCCAAGACAGUGUUGGAGAUGUCCCUGAGACACGGCUGUGGGGAAGAAUACAUCCAGCUCCUGAUAGACUUUGGAGCAAAUGUCUUCCUUCCCACACUUAUCAUAGAGAAAACCACAAAGCAAAAUCAAGCCUUGGAGGUCUUGCUAAAGGAAAGAGCUUGUCCAAAAACCCUGAUGUCUCAGUGUCGGCUAGCAAUCCGAAGCUACUUGAGAAUGGCCAACAAAAUGCAUUCCAUUGACCGACUGGACAUCCCACCAAUCCUGAGGAAGUACUUAAACCACAUGACCUGAGUGGCGUGGAAUUCGCAGUGAUGUCACUGCCCCUUUUCUAUAGAUCAUGUGACUGAGAAAUGCUUUCCAGUAAAAACGUGUAUGUAAAAUGAAUGCAUUACUGUACAUCAAACCAGUCCAGUGUAAACAUCUUUAGAGCAAAUAUUCCAUUGCAGAGCAGUUUAAGAUGUUAAAUUAACAGACAGCAAGCUCCUGGAGGAAGAGGUAUUGGCGACCCCUCCCUGUGAGUCAUAUCUUAGCCAAUCAUUUUGUGUGUCUUUUUUAAGCUCUGGGAGAUUGUGUUUUAUUUAUUAAACUCUUGUUGGUAUUUUAAUAACACAGAUUUAAUACCCCUAUGUGUGUGGUAAAGUGAAUUAAUCCACAAUAUCGUAAUUCUAUGAUUUGUUUAAUGUUUUUUUUUUUUUUUAAAUCUGUGAUAAUUAUUUCAACAUUUUAUAUUUGUUUUUUUUGUGUUUGGAGGGGCGGGGGUGAUAACUGUACAGAAUUCAGAUUCAGAUGUGUUUGUUGAAUUUGGCAUGCUCUCCAACUACACCAUGUAGAAAUAUUUUGAACAAAUAAACAAUAUUUAUUUAUUUA